GGUAAAGUUUCAGCCAUCCCUCUGGCCUUGGGAUUCAGUGAGGAACAACUUAAGAAGCGCCUUGACCGAGAUGUGUGUGUUGUAUGACGUUCUUAGUAUCGUCAAGGAUAAAAAGUUCAUGACUCUAGAUCCAGUUGUGCAGGAUCCCCUUCCUCCAAAACAGAAUCCUCAGUUUCUACAGUUGAUUUCAAAAAAGAAGUCAUUAGCUGGAGCAGCUCAAAUCCUUUUGAAAGGCGCAGAAAGAUUAUCCAAAUCGGUUGCAGAAAACCAGGAAAAUAAGCGACAAAGAGACUUCAACUCUGAACUGUUAAGACUGAGACAACAUUGGAAGCUGAGAAAAGUGGGAGACAAAAUUCUUGGCGAUCUGAGCUACAGAAGUGCAGGCUCCCUUUUUCUUCAUCAUGGCACAUUUGAGGUGAUAAAGAACACUGACAUUGACUUGGAUAAAAAGAUACCUGAGGAUUACUGUCCUUUGGAUGUUCAAAUUCCAAGUGAUUUAGAAGGAUCAGCCUAUAUAAAGGUUUCUAUUCAGAAACAAGCUCCAGACAUUGGUGACCUUGGGACAGUCAAUCUUUUUAAAAGACCCAUGCCAAAAUCAAAACCAGGUUCUCCACACUGGCAGACAAAGUUGGAGACUGCACAGAAUGUUCUUUUAUGUAAAGAAAUUUUUGCCCAGCUGUCACGAGAAGCUGUUCAAAUUAAAUCACAAAUUCCUCACAUUGUUGUGAAAAAUCAGAUAAUCUCCCAGCCUUUCCCAGGUUUGCAGUUGUCUAUUUCUCUGUGUCACUCUUCCAAUGACAAAAAAUCACAAAAGUCCGCUUCUGAAAAACAGAAUCCAGAGGAUCAUCUCUAUGUUCUGGAACAUAAUUUGCAUCAACUUAUCAGAGAGUGUCACAAGCAAACCCUGAGCUCAACAGUGAUGCCACAUCCAGCUAGCGCACCUUUUGGCCAUAAGAGAAUGAGACUUGCAGGACCCCAGGCUUUUGAUAAAAAUGAUAUCAGUUCAUUACAGUCGAAUGAAGGACUUCUGGAAAAGAUAAUAAAGCAGGCAAAACAUAUCUUUUUGAGACGCAGAACUGCACGAACCAUUGACAGCCUGGCUAGUCGUAUUGAGGAUCCUCAGAUUCAGGCCCACUGGUCCAAUAUAAAUGAUGUUUAUGAAUCCAGUGUUAAAGUUCUAAUAACUUCUCAAGGAUACGAACAGAUAUGCAAAUCCAUUCAACUACAGCUGAACAUCGGAGUUGAACAGAUCAGAGUUGUGCAUAGAGACGGAAGAGUUAUUACGUUGUCCCAUCAAGAGCAAGAACUGCAGGAUUUCCUUUUAUCUCAGAUGUCACAGCACCAAGUACAUGCAGUUCAGCAGCUUGCGAAAGUUAUGGGAUGGCACGUUCUGAGUUUCAGUAAUCAUGUUGGUCUGGGACCGGUGGAGAGCAUUGGCAAUGCAUCAGCAAUAACUGUAGCAUCACCAAAUGGAGACUAUGCCAUUUCAGUACGUAAUGGUCCGGAAAGUGGCAGCAAAGUUAUGGUUCAGUUUCCACGGAGUCAGUGCAAAGAUCUCCCCAAAGGCGAUGUACUGCAAGACAACAAGUGGAAUCAUCUUCGAGGGCCGUUCAAGGAAGUUCAGUGGAAUAAAAUGGAAGGGCGUAAUUUUGUGUAUAAAAUGGAACUCCUCAUGGCUGCCCUAACUCCAUGCUAAUAAUCUGUCAGCCUCUCCGUGGGGGCUUUGAGUCGUUGCUGUGCUGCAAAUGAUCACUGCCCAUGCAGCAAAGGGAAUCUAUGGGGAAAUACAAAAAAGCAAAACCAAAUUUAUUUCCUGUACAGAUAUGUCCAUUGUAGUCUUUGUAAUAAAACUUUUUUCAAUGACAUACAACUUUUUGAAAAAAUUCCUUUCAGCUGUAUCUUUGCAGAUUGCUCUAUCCAGAGUAACAUAGCUGAGUAAUUAAUGUAUUUUUCUUUUAUAAAAUUAAAUUCAGUAGUCGUCUGCUACAUGAAAGGUGUCUGCUCAGAGUCAUUCCCUUUCCCCUCAUGCCCCUACUUUUUCUCAAUAGAUAUUUCUGAAGAAUGAAAAUUACUAGAAUUGAAUUGUGCUAUCAAUAAGCCUUUUGGUGGCUUGUGCCACAGGGAAUGACUA